GGAGGGGCCGCUUUGUUGACAGGAACUAUGUGGAUCCGAAAUACUAUCAACUCCCUGUAAUUUAGACCGAAACAGCGUUGGUUCUGGAACCUCUCUGAGGUACGUGGACCUGAAUUAUGCGUUUAAAGCUCGACCUGGGGCAAACAUGCGAUGGAGGUCGCUAGUAAUUGGUUUGGUCGUGUUGAGACUUUCUGUCAGCUGCGUCCUGUGGCUAGCUUUCGGUUUGGGACCGAACCUUAGCUUGGGUUUCAACUUCCAUUUGAAUUUUAAUUUACACAAACUAGACUUGCUGUUCAGAGAGGAAACCCCCACUGAGUCCUCCAAGGGUAGCUCUUGGUCUCAACGAAUCCACGGCCCUAAGUAUGAGGAGACGGCGGCCACCUGCGCCAAGGCUGGCGAGGAGCCCCCCAAGAAGAAGAAGAAGUCCUCCUACCUUCGACUGUUCGAUGGCAGCGAGGACGAGUACGCCCGGAGAUACAGCUCCUUCCCGGACGCGCUCAAAAGCCAAAUGAAAGAAAUGGCCAGAGAAAUGUUUUAUUUCGGAUACGACAAUUACAUGAAAUAUGCCUUUCCAGAGGACGAGCUGAAUCCGAUUGACUGUAAAGGGAGAGGUCCAGACGCGCUAAACCCAUCCAACAUCAACAUAAACGAUGUUUUGGGGAAUUAUUCUCUUACCCUCAUCGACACAUUGGACACCCUCCUGGUGCUGGGGAAUGUGUCGGAGUUCCAGAGAGCCGUCAAACUGGUUAUAGAGACGGUGUCAUUUGACAAAGACUCUACAGUGCAAGUUUUUGAGGCAAACAUCAGGAUUUUGGGAAGCCUCAUCUCAGCACACAUUCUCCUGACUGACCCAAAGCAGCCAUUUGGGAAAGUGAACUUUGAAGGUUAUGAAAAUGAGCUCUUGCAUUUGGCCCAUGACCUGGCUGUCCGCCUGCUACCUGCCUUUGAGCACACUGACACAGGCAUUCCCUACCCCAGGGUCAACCUGAAGACUGGCGUUCCUCUCGACAGCAUCAAUGAGACCUGCACAGCAGGAGCUGGGUCUCUGCUGGUGGAAUUUGGGAUUCUGAGCCGUUUGAUUGGAGACUCGACGUUCGAAUGGGUAGCGCGGCGAGCUGUCAGAGCUCUGUGGAGACUAAGAAGCAACGAAACGGGUCUGUUGGGAAAUGUUAUUAAUAUCCAAACGGGCCAGUGGGUUGGAAAGCAGAGUGGUCUUGGGGCUGGCAUGGACUCCUUCUAUGAGUACUUGCUGAAGUCAUACAUCCUUUUUGGUGAGGAGGAAGACAACCAGAUGUUUCAAGCUGCUUAUGAAAGUAUCCAGAACCACUUGAGAAGAGGGCGAGAUUUGUGCAAUGAGGGAGAGGGAGACCCACCUCUCUACGUCAACGUGAACAUGAACAGCGGGGAAAUAAUCAACACCUGGAUCGAUUCCCUUCAAGCCUUUUUCCCUGGACUUCAGGUGCUGAACGGAGAUGUUGAUAAUGCCAUUUGCCUGCACGCGUUUUACUACGCCAUCUGGAAGCGGUUUGGAGCUCUGCCGGAGAGGUAUAACUGGCAAUUGCAGGCUCCUGACGUGCACUUCUACCCUUUGAGGCCAGAGCUGGUGGAGUCGACCUACCUGCUGUACCAGGCAACCAAAAACCCUUUCUAUUUGCACGUUGGAAUGGAUAUUCUUCAGAGCCUGGAACAAACCACCAAAGUCCGAUGUGGAUAUGCAACUCUUCACCACGUGGUGGAGAAAUCCAAAGAAGAUCGCAUGGAGAGCUUUUUCCUCAGUGAGACCUGCAAAUACCUUUACCUGCUUUUUGAUGAGAACAACCCACUUCACAAAUCUGGCCACAAGUACAUCUUUACCACUGAGGGUCACAUUGUGCCUAUAGACAAGCGCUUCAGGGAAAAGCAGUGGGACGACCUGUUUCCAUGCGAGGAGGGAACACCGUCAGAAACGGAGUCAAACAACCCAUCGCAUCCCAGUAACACCAGCAACUGUAACAGGAUUCCAGUGGAGCAGCGGUUUGCUCUGCCGCUAAAAAGCGUCUAUAUGAAGCAGAUCGACCACAUGGUGGGACUUUUUUGAGGAAGAGAACUGUGUUUUUUUUUUUAAAGGGUCAUUCAAGUUCCCCACCUCUAUUGAGCCGAGAAGAGACCCUCUGUAUUUUUUAAGCCACCAUCCUAUGUGCUGCUUUGUAUCCAGAAAGAGAAGUGAGACUCUUGAAAAGGCAAAGCUGGUGUCAAAAGGGAGGACCAUUCAGGUGUUUGCUGGAGCAGCUUCAACUCAGCAAACAGUUGGAAAACGUUUUGUGUGAAAGCAUUUUAAAAUGACAGCUGGGCUGGGAAUCUUUUUUUUUUUUUUAAAGCAAACUGUGCCAUCAGACUUUACAAAGAUUAAAUGCAUAGCCUGAAAAUCUCUUCAAAUAUGUCUUAACUGCUAGUGCCUCUCUGCUGAUGGCUCAACUGAUCAGUGUAUUUACAUAAGGGCUUCAUAUGAACAAAGAAUAAUGUUUGGAUUGUUUCAGCAGAAACACUGUUGAUGUUUGGUGUUUUUCCUCAGAAUUGUGAUAGUUUAAGGGCAAAUCCAUCUUCUUCAGAAAAAAAACAAACUAUACGCACUUUUGUUUGCAAGAUCUUAACUGAACCAAACGCUAAGGUUAACCUCAAGACCUUUUUGCUGUUAACAGUUUAGUCCCAGGGCUGUUAAACAAAAAAAGUGUUUCAUAGAGAUGUGCUACGACUCUAAAGGUGUGAGGUUUAGGAUGAAUCUUAAGUGCCUUGUAUUUUUCUUGGUCUGUCUCAAAGCUGUGUAUUAAAUGAUUGUUUUGAAUACAUUUUAGGACACUCAUGAUAUCAAACGAUAAUGUCAUUCCUUUAGUAUGCACAAUGUUGCACUGCUCCUGGUAUGAAACUUCAGUUUUUGAUUUAAAAAAACAAAACAGCCAUAGAAUGUGUCCUUUUAAAAUCCUAGAUAUUUUUUUAAAUAAGUCUGAUGCAUUGUUUCUAAUUGAUGAUUUUUUUUUCUGAAGUGCACAUCAUAAUUGUUAAGUAAAAGCUCAGGGUUUACUCAAAAUACAAAAAUGUGUGUUUUCAUUAAAAAUUAUUUUUUUUUAGUACAA